AUGUGCGUUAGUUUGUCAAUGAGUGAACAGCAGGGGAUAAAAGAAAUGGCGCGAAAAACUGUGCCUCAACUAAUAGCUUCAGCGGGCUACCCGGUGGAAAAGCACAGGGUCACAACAGAGGAUGGAUACAUCCUGCAGUUACAUAGAAUACCAGCUGGAAGAAGAUUUGCAAGAAGAAUAGGACCGAGUUCAAAGAAGAAGAAAGCGGUAUUGAUAGUCAGUGGUCUACUUGGCAGUAGCGGAGACUUUGUCAUCAUGGGACCAGAAAGAAGUAUAGCAUACCUUCUAGCAGACGAAGGUUACGAUGUAUGGCUUGGCAACCUCAGAGGUGAUAUAUACACUAGUCAUACAAAUUAUACAAGAAACAAUCCAAAAUUUUGGGAGUACAGUUUUCACGAGCAUGGCAUAUACGAUUUGCCGGCAUCCAUCGACAAAGUCUUAGAAGUCACUGGUCUAUCUAAGAUCAUGUACGUUGGCUUUUCCAUGGGCACAACAAGCUUCUUCAUAACUUUGAGCGAAAAACCUGAAUAUAAUGACAAAGUUCUGGCGUACGUAGCGCUCGCUCCAGCCGUGUAUAUGAGAAAUGUUAAAAACACUGCUGAAACGCUAUUAUUAAAUUGGAAGUUACCGGAUCGUAUGAGGGAACGAGGCUUACUGUCUGCAACUAUUCCUAGAGAUUUAUUAGAGAUGUUUGUAACCAACAUGUGUUACGUCAAGAAGCCUCAAAGGGAUGUGUGUACCAGCUUUAUAUACACCAUCAUAGGAGAAGACCAGGAACAGUAUGAUUGGGAUAUGAUGGCCAUUAUAAUUAUGAGAUUACAGCCAGCUUCGUGGAGACAGUUGGAACAUUUCGGAAAAAUUGCCUUAACAGAUACUUUCACAUCAUGGGAAGGUGGAUUAAAAGGAGCUGUGAAACCGUACAAGCUCAGUAACGUUAAAAUACCAGUAUCAUUAUUCUACGGACACAAUGAUAGAUUAACUGAGAAAUCUCAAAUCAUGAGGUUAGCUGAAGAGCUUAAGGCCACUGGUGUUUUAGAAGAUAUCCUACCAGCCUCUGAAUGGCCAAAAUUCAAUCACCUCGACUUUGUCUUUGCAAGAGACGUCAGAACACUACUGAAUGAGAAACUAGUUGAUUAUAUAGGGAAAAUGUUUAGUAAAUAUGGAUAA